AUGCUCACCACUAUACCACCAACGCUCCACAGCCCGGGCGGCCGCCACACGCCGGCCCCGGGCUCGCCCCAGCAUACUCUCGCCGCCGCCGCCUCCGCAUCCCUGCCCCGACGCCCGGCAGCCGGAGGCUCUGCGCCGCCGCCGGCGCCCCCAGCAGCCACGCGGCGCCCCCAGCGCGCCAGCGCUACGCCGUCGCCGGGAUCCACCGGCCCCACCGCCCCAGGGCGGCGCCCCCGCCGCCUUGCGGCCCUCCGGCCCUUCGCUCCCCGCCGCGGCCCGCCAACGCCUCCGCCCUCACCCCCGGCGGGCAACGCGGGGCACGCAGCUUCCAGCACCCAGCUGGCCAAAGCCCUACUCCACCGGGCGCUGGGCGAGGCCACUUCCCACGACGACAAGGGGACACGGGACCCACCUGCCUGCACGCGUCGCGGCGCCGUGACGAGCCGCGCGGCGUGGCCGUCGCGAGCCUACGAGCCCACUCAGGCAGCCACUGGGGGUCGGUGCGUGGGCGAGUGGCCGGGCCGCCAGAUCCGGCUAUGGUCGGGCAAGGCCGUGGGGUCGCCAAGGAGGCCCUCGCCCCGCCGUGGCGACCGUGCGCCCGCCGACGACAAAGGGCUCGGGCUGGAGCGCUGCUCGGGCAGAGGGGGUCGACGGGAGCUAGGCCGGGCACCGCCGUUGGCCGCCCUGGCGCCUCGCCCAAAGACGGCGGGAGGGGACGAAGGGCCCUCGGGGGCCUGGCGGCAGGACAGAGAGGGACCGCGGCCACCAAAAAGGCACGGGCCGCCGGCCACCACGGGUCCCGACCCAACCGCGCACCAAACCAACCGCCUCGGUCACAGCGGCAGCCCGCCACCCCGACAGGGACCCGGACCCCCGGGGCACUGGACCCUCCCCAGCGCGCGCCGCCUCUUGCCUCCAACGCGGGCGUUCCGCCGGGAGAAGGGGGCGCGAGAAGGCAAGCGGGGCUGCGAGGACACGGUGGGCGCGCGCCGGCCGGCGUCGGGCCAGGAGAGGCGCGGGCGAGGAGGGGCCGGCCCGCCGAGGGCCCCGGUGGGUCCGCGGCGCCAGCUGCCGCGGAGCCAGGCGCCUCGGCCGGCCGCCGCGCGCCGGCUCCGUCGACCCCCACUCCGGACGGCCGCCUGCCUGCCUGCCUGCCUGCCUGCCUGGCGUGGCGCCCCGCGCGGCCCGCCAAGGGCGCCGGUGCUCGCGCCGCGUCGGGUCCCAGCCAGGCGAGCGGCCACGCGCCCAGCCAGGCCCGCCGUCAGGAUGGCCGAGCGGUCUAAGGCGCUGCGUUCAGGAACCUUCAGUCCUUCUCAGCGCCUCUUUCCUCGCCAGCGGGCUGCACCUGCAGCUGCUGCUUUUCCUGCCUCCCUGCCUCCCCCUUGCCUACCCACGCCCACCCUCGCCCAUCCUCCCCCUUCCACUGCCACGGCCCCGCCGCGCCCCGCCCCGCCCCCGGCCGCGCCGAAGCACGCAGCCCCGCGGCGGGUGGCAAGCCCUCCUCGCUUCGCCGGCGCUCCGACAUCUGCCCGGGGAACGGCCUACUCGCCCUGGCAGCCUCGCUUCCACGGCCGCCCCCGCCAGCUCUCCCGCCAGGCCGGCACCCCGUCCUCCGCGCCCGCCCCGCCGGCCCGCCUGCGCUCCCCAGCCACAGCGAGGCGGCCGAGCCCCCGCCUUGCCCGCCAGGGGGGUGCCGCGUGCCCUCGACCCUUCUCCGCCGUGCGUUCUUGGCCGGGCCGCACCUGCCUGCCGCCCGCCCGGGACGCGUGCCACCCAGCCUUCCUGCUGGCCAGCGCACACCGGCCUUCCUUGCACGAGUCCGUCCCGGCAAGGGUGCUCCGCUGGGGAGGGAGCGGAAGCCCUGCGUGCCCGUCCAGCCCACCCCCCGGCGCCCGGCCCGCGCCCCCGACCUCGGCGCCACGGCGCCCGUUCCCGUGGGAAGCCGCUGCCCCGGCCGGAGCCAAGCCCGCCCUGGCGCGCUCCCUGCCUCUCAGCCGGCAGUCCCCGAGCCAGGGGCCGCUCUGCCAAAGGGCCCCUGCUCACCACCACCUCCCCGUCAGAGCCGGACCCCGGGAGCGCGGUCGGCCAGAGCGCAGGAGCCAGGCUCACACGCCUUUGGGUCCUUGGGCCUGA